GGGGAAGAAAGGCCGGGGCCCCGACCCGGGUGGGGAGGGGGCUGGGCGGGAAAACCUCAGAGGGGUGAAGUUUGCAUGUCAGGCCUGGGAAAGAACUGGAGAAAGAAGAGAGGUUUUCACGUAACCACCGAUGACUUAGAAACGGACUGGACCCCGCACCGUCCGGCUCCAUUCGGCCCCAGCCUCAGCUCUAACCCCAGCCUUGACCUAGGCCCAGGUCCAGCCAGCCCUAUCAUGACAAAUGACUAUCAAGACCUUCAGCAUCUGGACAACGAGGACAAUGGCCAUCAGCUUAGACAAGCGCCACCUCCGCCCCAGCGGCUCUUCCGGAGACUCUGCUCCGGACCCUGCUUCCUCCUGCUCUCCCUGGGCCUCGGCCUCCUGCUGCUGGUGGUUGUCUGUGUGAUCGGAUCCCAGAACUCCAAGCUGCGGGACGAGCUGCAGGCCCUGAGGGUCACGUUCAGCAACUUCACGGCGAGCACAGAGGUCGAGGUCAAGACCCUGAGCAGCCAGGGUGAGCGGGCCCUGGGGCUGCGGCUGGGGGGGUUAGGGGGGCCCGUGGACCGCUGGGGAUGUCGGGACACUGAGCCAGCCUCUCCCCCAGGGGGAAGCGUGGGCAGGAAGGUGAAGUCGUUGGAGUCCCAGCUGCAGAAACAGCAGCAGCAGCUCAGCGAAGAUCACUCCAGCUUGCUGCUGCACGUGAAGCAGUUCGUGUCGGACCUGCGGAGCCUGAGCUGUCAGAUCGCCGUCCUGCACGGCAACGGCUCCGCGGCCUCCUGCUGCCCGGUCAACUGGCUGGAGUUCGAGGGCAGCUGCUACUGGUUCUCCCGCUCCGGGAAGUCCUGGCCGGAGGCGGACAAGUACUGCCGGCUGGAGAACGCGCACCUGGUGGUGGUGGGCUCCUGGGAGGAGCAGAAGUUCAUCCAGCACCACAUGGGGCCUGUGAACACCUGGAUGGGCCUCACCGACCAGAGUGGGCCCUGGAAGUGGGUGGACGGGACGGACUACGAGAAGGGCUUCAAGAACUGGAGGCCGGAGCAGCCGGACGACUGGUACGGGCACGGGCUGGGCGGGGGCGAGGACUGCGCCCACUUCACGGACGACGGCCGCUGGAACGACGACGUGUGCCAGAGGCCCUACCGCUGGGUGUGCGAGACAGAGCGGGACGCGGCCGGCUAGGAGCACCCCCGCCCCCUAAUUUAUUUCCUUGGCGCCCCCACCUGCCGGACGAUGCUGCUGUCCCGGGUGGGGGCCGGGGACGGGGGCUCCUCCACCUUCUCGGGGAUGUUUGAUCUGGGAUUUUAAGGGAAGUUUCGGGGACGGUGUCUGAGGAAUGCAGGAAUCACGUUUGGAGGGGCGGGGAGACGGCAACCCGCUUUCCGCGCUUUACAGGUGGUUGUCAACGUGUUUCUGUUUCGGAGGAAACAAUGAACGGAAUAUUCUAAACGUGC